GUCACUCCUCCGAGCGACUUCGCGCUACUCUGUCACUUGUAUUGAAAUAAAUUAUUAAUUAAUUUAUAAAAUAUAUUAUUUUUACAAAAUCAUAAAUUCUUCAAUUUAAAAAAAAAAUUAGAUAAAAAAUUAUUUGUUAGUAAAUAAUUAUUUUUUGAAAAUAAAAUCUUAAAGGAUCAAUUGAUAUGAGUUAAUAUCAAUUUAUUUAUUACUAUUGUGAUUGAUUUGUCAAUGGAUUUAAAACGUGCGGGUAAAUUGUAUUGAAGAAAUUAUUUUAUUAUUUAAAAACAACAAGUGUUUGAAAGAAAUAAUAUUUUCCAAAAUCUAUUGAAAACGUAAAGAAAAAAAAAUUUUUAUGCUCUUCUUUUGUUCAUCGAUUCAAGUGGCACUAAAACGAAAUAAGUAGAUAAAUUAAAGUAAUACUUUUUUAAUCUAUUAUUUAAAAAAUACAUAUUUAAAUAUUAAAAUGAACGGAACAACUACGAUUGUUGAGGAAGAAAGUAUAACUAAGAAUGGUAAGAAACCAGGACCACUUAGAAGUGUAACAUGGAGUGAAAAUGUUGACGAAACUGAACUUGAGAUACCAGGAACACCUAGAACUCCUAGGACAUCCACGACUCCAGGCCAUGAAAAAUGUACAUUUCAUCACGACUUGGAGCUAGAUCACCGUCCGCCAACAAAAGAAGCACUAUUGCCAGAGAUGUCCAAAAGUUACAGACGUUUAUUGAGAUCACUAGGUGAAGAUCCAGAUCGACAAGGACUUUUAAAAACGCCUGAACGUGCUGCUAAAGCAAUGUUAUUUUUUACUAAAGGCUACGAUCAGAGUCUUGAUGAUGUUAUAAAUGAUGCAGUUUUCGAUGAAGAUCAUGACGAAAUGGUGGUAGUUAAAGACAUCGAAAUGUUUUCAAUGUGCGAGCAUCAUUUGGUACCAUUUUAUGGAAAAGUUUCAAUUGGAUAUUUACCAUGCAAAAAAAUUCUUGGAUUAAGUAAAUUAGCUAGAAUCGUCGAAAUUUUUAGUCGAAGACUUCAAGUACAAGAACGUCUAACAAAACAAAUAGCUAUUGCUGUCACUAAAGCCGUUGAACCGGCAGGUGUUGCUGUCGUCGUUGAAGGAGUACAUAUGUGUAUGGUGAUGCGUGGAGUACAAAAAAUAAAUAGCAAAACAGUAACAUCAACAAUGCUCGGCGUCUUUCGAGAUGACCCUAAGACACGUGAAGAAUUUCUCAACCUCGUUCACUCAAAAUAAAUAAAUUUAAUUAAUGAAAAAUAUUUUUUAAUCUUAAUUAUGAUUUUAUCAGUUGAAAAAUAUUAAUUGCGUAAAAAAAAAUAAAUAAUUAAAUUUUA